AAGGCGCGUAACAGCCCGGAGAAAGAGAGAGAGAGAAGGGAAGAGACGCGGGAUCGGACACGUGGUGCAUCGACGCGGUCUUCCUUUCAUCACGCCUUUCCUCCGCCACAGCUCCCGGUCGUCAUUUUCAAAUGACGUCGUGUGGUCGUCGCUCCUUCCUUCCUCGCCUCACGUAGCAACCUUUGACUCCCGAGGGCUUACGUGCUUGCGUGAAGGGACGCCGAGGGAGACACGAAUGUGGAAACAAAGAGCCCUGGAAAGUCCACGGGACCUCGGGAUCUUUGCGUACUUUAAAGCAAAGCUUUAAAGAUGAUUCAAACGGAUCGUGUCGGUCGAGAUUGGAGUUUGUGCGUAAAACCUGUGCGUCGGUAGAUGCCGUCGCUUAAAAAAUGCGUACAUUAUUUACUUGAGUUAACGCUCGGAGAGAAAGAGAGUGAGAUAAAAGUGCGUGAGAUUCGCGGGCCAUUGUGUCGCGUUUUUAAGCGACGACUGGAGCCCGGUCUGAUCGUUCUGACCGUGACGUUUUCCGAGUUUAAAUUCACGCAAUAGCUACGUGUCGAGAGAAAGAGAAAAAAAAAGGAGAAGUCGAAGAAGCCUAAAGUGUGAAAAGUGGAACCGAAGCGAAGAGAUUCUUGUCUCUUGUUUAUCUCUGGAAAGUCGCUCCGAUUGAUUGAGAGAAGACAAAUCUGUUUCUCAGCUGUGAAUACUAACCGAGGACAAAAAGAGGCGUUUCGGAAAUCUCUCGGCUGUCUCGUUCUUGCCUGCGGAAAGAAGAGCUCACGUGGGGGACGACAAUGUCCAAGACGACCUUAAUCGCAAAUCAUGCUCGCAUAAUAUUAUCUUGCGUUUGAACAACGGACGAGGUUUUCCGUGAAGGCUCGCAAAGUCGCAUCCUGAUAAAUCUCGUCGUCCCACAGCCAGCUGUGCGUCUGUUAAUUCGCCAGCAAACGGCGGGAUGAGCGUGCGUACGCAAAGGCUGCUGCUGUGCGCGCUCGUGAUCCUAGGCGUCAUUUACCUCUGCACGAAUCGGCGUACGAACGACAAGGAUGUGUCCCUGAAGCGGCUCCUCGCCGCCGCGAUAAGAGCGGCGGAGAUCGGAGGGCUGGAGGUGGUGGCGGUGCACGAUCAGAGUAAAUUCAAGAUAGAGAGCAAAGGCCAGACGAAGGAAGGCGUAAAUGAUCCGGUAACAGCGGCGGACUACAGAUCUCACUGCGCCAUGUACCGCUCUUUGACAGAGGCAUUCCCAGGAAUUACUGUGAUAUCCGAGGAAACGUCGCAGGAUUGCGAUAAGAUUGUAGUAGAAGACAUUAAGAAUUAUGUCAAAAGUAUCGAAGGUUACGAGCUAAGUGACGAUAUUGUCAACGUUAAUGAUGUUACAAUUUGGAUAGAUCCUCUGGACGCCACCAAAGAGUUCACAGAGAAUUUACUGCAAUAUGUAUCUACUAUGGUAUGCAUAGCCGUCAAAGGACAACCAAUUAUUGGCGUUAUAUAUAAACCGUUUGAGACAAAGCAGAAUUAUAGCUUGUUCUGGACGUGGAGCAGUCACGGUGUGUCGAGAAACUUGAAAAAUUUGCCCAAGGUAAAGGACAAUAAAACACCUGUAUUAAUUGUAUCUCUUUCACAUGCUGGACAAGUAAAAAAUUCGUCUAAAGUUGCCUUUGGCGACAACGUUAAAAUUAUUUCUGCUGCUGGUGCAGGAUACAAAUUUUUGGAAAUAGCUGCAGGCAAUGCGACAGCGUACGUUCAUACGACUGCUAUAAAGAAAUGGGAUAUAUGUGCUGGCACUGCAAUUCUUAGUGCUUUAGGAGGAACAGUGACACAGUUGUACGAUCAACAACCGAUCUACUUCGGAGCGAACGAUGCCAAAGUACUUACGAAGGGUCUUUUAGCGACUAUGAGUGAUCACGCGUGGUAUUCCGAGAAAUUCUUACACGACUUUCCAUCCGAUUCACACUAAUCCGGAUAUGCCCGAAGUCCUUUUUCACGAGAUACUUGAUUUGGAGAAUUUCUCGUUUCUAUGAACAUAAGAGCAGGAAAAAAAUGUAUAUGGUUGAAGACAAUUAUUAUUUGUGCGGUUGAGACAAGAUGAUGUUUCUUAAAUGAUGGGCAAACAUACCGCAAACAUAAUAUCAGCAUCAUGAAUGUUGAAUAAUUAAAACGCUGCGAUAAUGUCCCUGUAGAAGGACCGUGAGCAAGUCGGGAUUAACCAAGACUACAAUGUAUCAAGAGAGGAUUAAAAGUGUUUAUAAAUCCUGCUUAAAAAAAAGAUUCAUGUUUCAAUAAAAAAUAUUAAUAUGU